GGCGAGGGGCGGGGAGGCCGCCGGGGGAGAUGAUAUCAGGCGCCGGGCAGCAGGACCGGGCGAAGCCGGAGAGCAUGUCAUUCCCUGUGGAUAUAUUGAACAAUUACAGUCAUGAGGACUUGGAGAACUCAGGAGAGGUCUACCUCUUUGACCUUCGGUGGGGGAAGCCAAACUGUCCUGAAAUCUUUUCUCUACCGGACCGCCGCAAGGUUCGUAUUAGCUUGACAUCUGUGGGCUUUGUUCCUCUCUAUGGUGAAGAGCAGACACACAAAGUCCUUGCCCUGUUUGCACCAUGGGACUCACUCACAGCUGUAGCCCUGUAUCUUGCUGACCAGUGGUGGUCAAUUGAUGACAUUGUGAAAACAUCUGUCCCUGCUAGACAGGGGCUUCAUCAGGUGAAGUCUGUUGGAGAGAGAGUUGUUCUCUAUGUUCUGAAUCGAAUUAUCUAUCGAACGCAGGAGAUGGAAAAGAAUGAGACCCCAUUCCUCUGCCAUGGUAGCAGCCAAUAUGCCAAGAUCAUGUGGAAAAAAGGAGAGGCUGUUGGGUUCUAUUCUGUUAAGCCUACAGGAAGUGUUUGUAGAUCUCUUCUUCGUCAGAAGUAUAAGUUGCCAGUGCUAGACACAAUGUUUGUCAGAAAGAAGCACCGUGGGAAGGACUCUGGGCUGAUCAUGUUGGAAGACUUUGUGGAUUCCUUUACUGAGGAGCCUCUUGGCCUGCGAUAUCCACUCUCAUCCUUCAUGUACACAGCUUGUAAGCAGUACCUUGAGAAGUAUCCUGGGCAUAAAAACCUUUUGUGGCAAGUGGAGGGAGGAGGAGAUUGGUUCCAGAGAAAGUCUAUUAUGUCUAUAGUGCAAAAGGAAAAUCUCAGAAUUGCAGCAGAGGCCUCAAGGAAGGAAAAUAAGAGUUUGCAAGCAGAGGACAAUUUUUGUCAAACUGACAUAUCUGAAGCAAGUGGACCAAGGACUGAGGAAGAAACACAGCUAAGUGCUGACUCUCAAAAAGGCAAAGAAUCAACAGAUGUCCACGCAAGCACAUCUGAAGACCCUAAUGUCACUCAUGUUUCCAUCUGGACACGAAGCAGUCAUUUAAAACGUCAGAAGCUAAGCAAAUACAGACAGAAACCUGGCCUUGAAGCUUCCCAACGAGAUGAGGAAAAUGCUCUUCAAGUGUCCAAAAGCAGCCAAAAGACCAAGGCCCUGAGAGAUCAGAAGAUUUAGGCAGUACUAGCCAAAGUCUACCUGCCCACUUGCCUGCUGUCUGAGCCUCCCAGUGUCUGAAAUUUUGAAAUUGAAAUUCCUUUGAUGCCUGAAGGACUUCUCCUGGGCACACUAGAGGCUCUUUGUUCCUGAUGCUGCAUGGAUCAUCUUGCAACUGAAGACUAAGCCUGUCAAGAUUCACAAAAACCUGCUGAUUCUUCACCCAGCCUUUUUAAAAGACCAUUUCUCAUGUGUGUCAAGAGACCUGCUGCUUUGGCCUUCACAUAAAAUACAAGUUUUUCCAUCCAGGGCAAGGCCUUUGUGUCCUUGAUGGUUUCAGUCAGGAGGUUUGACCUCCCUUCCCCCAUGAGCCUGAGAGAUUUGCUUUAACCAUCAGGACACAGGUUCAUUGAUUUGAAGGACAAGCUUGGGAAAAUUACCCAGGUCUCCAUAUGAAGCUAUGCUGCUAGCAAAAAAUAAAUAAGAUGCAGAGUGAGGUAGGACUAUAGCCCCAUGGUUUGGGAUCUUUGGGAAUGGGCAUCCAGGCUCCAAAUCCUACCUGUGCAAUUUUGAUAACUGAGUCUCUAAUUUCCAGUUGAUCUCCCUAACCUUUAGAGUUAGUUUUUCUCUUGCUUGGCCUACAAAACCAGUUUUUCUCCUGAAGAACAGACUACUAUGUCUAGACCACUGUCUGGAGACAGCAAGGUUUAGCAUUGCCACACAAAAGUGAGAAUAAAGGAAAACAAACUAAGAGAUUGUUCCUCUGUAGCCUUUAGUUCAUUUGACCAGUCGCCAUUUGGCAUUGAAUGUGGGGGCAUCCUGGCCCCAGGAGCUGUGUUGGAGGCACAGAAAAAACCUUUAGAAGAGUGUGGUGGUGAAGGCUUAAUGUGCACAAGGUUUUGAGAGGCAUUCUUUUGCAUUGGCAUCACCUUUUCAGGCUAUUUUCAGCAACUCCCUUCUCUUCACAGUCUGUUAUGGUUUCUAGUUUGAAGCCAUCAAUUCCCACUGGCAUUUGUUGGGGACCUGAGGAGGCAGUUCUCUGCAGAGGUGAUGCUAUGGGACUGAGUGGCAGACUCACAUUACAGAUCUGGGCUUAAAUUUCUUGUUUAGAAUAAGACCCAAGGGUUUGAUUCUGGAAAAGAAAACCUGAAACAACCCUGGAGGUUAAUUCCCUGAAGUCUCCCUUUCUAGUGGAGACUGAUUCUCUCCAUGUUGGUGAUUUCAGUUCGUGGUUAUUUUAAAAAUAAAAUAUAUAAACCCGGAUAUUAGGACGGGAAGGAUGGUGAUCCUCUGAGUCUUUUCCCUGAGAGGCAAAGGUUCGAGCAAAAGGCUUGAGAAUAGCACCAUCUCCUGGAAACGCCUCAUAUGGCCUGGCUUUUCUAAGCUGAAUGCACCUUUUUUCCUGAAACUACUAUGAUUUAACUGUUCCUGUGGCUAAAGUAUUCCCUACAGCUACCGAAUUGUUGCUUCAGCAAUGACUGAAUACCACCCAUGCACGUUUUUUCCACGUGUUCCCUGUUAACUGUGAACCCAUAUGACACAAGCAUAGGGACAUUUUGUCAGUCUAGAAGUUGUGGGU